UGAGUGAGGGAAUGAGUGAGUGAGUGAGGCGAGCGAGUGAGGGAAUGAGUGAGUGAGUGAGGCGAGCGAGUGAGCGGGUUCCUCUCGCACUCUCACGUUCGUGCACGCCGAGAUCUGGUCCCCAAUUGGCAGUCGUCCGAUUCCGGGCAGUUACGAGCGGCGCGGCAGGUGUGGGCCAAGGAACACGUGUAAUUUCUCCCCUCGCCGCCGCGCAGGUGUUGUGAUUCAGAACAUGUGCGAUGUAGAGAUAUAUGUGAAUGCGUGUGGAUUCGAAGUGAUGGCUGCUCGUGCCGAGUCGAGGCAGUCUGUUCGGAUGCGUGCAGCCCUGUGCGUCGCUGUUGGUUAUUGAGACGACAUCGAUGUGUCCGGGCGGCGGAGAAGGCGGGCACGCGGAAGCUGGACCCGUUCCCCGACCGCGUCAAGUCCGACACCGCCAAGAAGAAGCCUCCGCCCCCCAAGAUCAGCAUACAGGUAAGGCUGCUCAUUUUCUCCUGCGGCUCGAGGAGGCGAGUGGCGUGGCGCCUUCACCUCCGAGUGCGAUGGUGUUCGUGUCCCGCCUGGCUCGCGCUUGGCGUCUGGGCCUGAGGGUCAGUCCCUCAGAAGCGGCGCCGUUGGCUUCUCCCCUCGCCCGCCUCCCCCGUGGCGAAGGGAAUCCCCGGGGCAGAGCCGUGGCCCCCUUGCCCGCCGUCGGUGCCGCAGUGCUCUGGGCAAUUUCAGAUUGGAGGAUCAGCGCGUCGAAACCGGGCGUUGGGCGUCCGCAGAGACGUGGCCUGUCCCUCGGGCCAUGCGCUCGAUGCCGUCCCGGUAGGACUGGGCAACCUGUCGCAAAUUAUCAGUGCCUUGCGUUUGUUUGUUGUGUAGGCGAGGGAGGCGCAAAGAGUGAAGGCAAGUCGUCGCCCAAGCCCAGGCGAAGCGAGGGAAAGGAAAGAUUCGGUAGACGUCGCCGAGCAAUCUGUGACGCCGGGCGAGGAUGAACCGGAACUGCGAAGGAGAAGACACGCCCACGGUGCUCGUAGCGGGCGGAAUUGACGGCGGUUGCAGCGCGCCCUCCGAGCGAGGCGGACUGUCCUCGUCCCCAGCGCCUCCGGCCGGAGCAUCUUCUCAGGGCCCUCCCCGCACGCCCGCGCCCGCAUUAGCACGACCGCCGCUACUCCAUAAAGCAGACUGUUAUGACCCAAUCCAAGGUUUUACGGCCUCUUCUGAUUGUCGUCCUCGGGAGAAUUAUCGCCGCGGAAUGGGGGUUUCCAUGGCAAUUCGUUGUAGGGAGCGAUUAUUGACGACUCCCAAUUGUGCCGAACAAGGGGCUUUUGAGCGAAGGACGCCAUAUUUAUCCGGGAAAUGGAUUUACACGUUUUAUCAUGGGCGGCCACUCGCUCGGUCGGGCGCCUUCCUCUACGGCCCCUCGCAUGGCAUCCGCGGGAUUCCUCGCCAGCCUCCCUUCGACACUCCCUUCCCUCUCCGGCUCUGGACACCUUUCCCCUCUCCGUCUUUCUCUCUCCCUCUCCUUCUCCUUCUCCCUCUCCCUCUCCCUCUCCCUCUCCCU